UGUUGAGGGAAGCUCCGCCGGUCUUGGCCAAGUGUAGCAUCUGCAAUUUUUUCAUCGGCAGCUGCCAUCAGAUUGCACGGAGUGUGUGCUGUCCUUAAACGUGGCAAAGAAGGCAUUGGACAUACGAUAAAAUAAGGACGAUGGCGGCGAACGCGGCGACGAUGCGGAUCCUGAUCAAGGGCGGGAAGGUGGUGAACGAUGACUUCACCCACGAGGCGGACGUGUACAUCGAGAACGGGAUCAUCCAGCAGGUGGGGCGCGAGCUGAUGAUCCCAGGCGGUGCCAAGGUCAUCGACGCCACGGGCAAGCUGGUCAUCCCGGGCGGCAUCGACACCAGCACGCACCUGCAGCAGAGCUUCAUGAACGCCACCACCGUGGACGACUUCUACAGCGGCACCAAGGCUGCCCUGGCCGGAGGUACGACGAUGGUGAUCGGACACGUCCUGCCAGACAAGGACACGUCCCUGCUGGAGGCCUACGAGAAGUGCCGCGCUCUUGCCGACCCCAAGACCUGCUGCGACUACGCCCUGCACGUUGGCGUCACCUGGUGGGGGCCCAAGGUACGGGCUGAGAUGGAGACGCUGGUCCGAGAGCGGGGGGUAAACUCCUUCCAGAUGUUCAUGGCCUACAAGGAUCUGUACAUGCUGAGGGACAGCGAGCUCUACCAGGUCUUCCAGACGUGCAAGGACAUCGGGGCGGUGGCCCGUGUCCACGCCGAGAACGGCGAGCUGGUGGCUGAGGGAGCCAAAGAGGCGCUGGAUCUGGGCAUCAGUGGACCAGAGGGCAUCGAGAUCAGCAGGCCUGAAGAGCUGGAGGCGGAGGCCACACACCGUGCCAUCACCAUUGCCAACAGGGCUCACUGCCCCAUCUACCUGGUCAAUGUGUCCAGCAUGUCUGCAGGGGAUGUUGUAGCCUCAGCCAAGAUGCAGGGCAAAGUGGUUCACGCCGAGGUGACCACAGCCCACGCGGUGCUGAACGGUAUGCACUACUAUCACCAGGACUGGUCACACGCCGCUGCCUACGUCACUCUGCCGCCCCUGCGCCUGGACCCCAACACGCCUAAUUACCUACUGAGUCUGCUGGGAAAUGACACACUCAACGUGGUGGCCUCAGACCAUCGCCCCUUCACCACCAAGCAGAAGGCCAUGGGCAAGGAGGACUUCACCAAGAUCCCGCACGGCGUGCCCGGUGUGCAGGACCGCAUGAGUGUCAUCUGGGAGAGGGGAGUGGUCGGAGGAAAGAUGGACGAGAACCGCUUUGUGGCGGUGACGAGCUCCAACGCAGCCAAAAUCUACAACUUGUACCCCAGGAAGGGCAGGAUUAUCCCGGGAGCCGACGCCGAUGUGGUGGUGUGGGACCCUGAUGCAACCAGGACCAUCUCGGUGACUACACAGGUGCAGGGCGGUGACAUCAACCUGUAUGAAAACCUGCGUUGCCACGGUGUCCCCCUGGUGACCAUCAGCCGUGGCCGAGUAGUGUGCGAGAACGGAGUUUUCAUGUGCGCGGAGGGUUCUGGAAAGUUCUACCCACUCCGAACCUUCCCCGAUUUCCUCUACAAGAAGAUGGUCCAGAGGGAAAAGUGCCAGGCUCUGAAAGGUGUGGAGCGUGCCCCCUAUGUGGGUGAUGUUGCCGUGGCGCACAAUUCUGGCAAGAAGGAGUUGGGUCCCCCUGAUGGUGACACACCCACUCGCCCCUGCACUCGACAUGGGGGCAUGAGGGACCUGCACGAGUCCAGCUUCAGCCUGUCUGGUUCCCAGAUAGAUGAUCAUGUUCCAAAGAGGUCCUCAGCCAGGAUUUUGGCUCCCCCUGGUGGCAGGUCCAGUGGCAUCUGGUAACCAUGGAAACCCAUACCAUAGGACCAAACACAGCUGCAGAGUUCAGUACAAGUAUGCUACUGGGCCACAACACAGAGAUGAAACUGUCUUUAGUACAUGUAAGACCAACCAAGAAAACUGCACUGAUUUUGAUAUAGCAGGCGAUUUUAAAAAAAA